AUGGCAGCACGUCAAUCAACACCAAAUUCCGAUCAUUCGCACUCCGAUAAUGUGCGAAAGCGCUGUGACGGAGCAAGCCCAUGUUCGCGCUGUCGAGCCGAUAAUGCGAUCUGCGUCUUCGGGGAACGAAAGAAGGCCCAAGAUAAAGUGUACCCCAAGGGAUAUGUUGAGAUGCUCGAACAGCAACAAGCCUGGCUGGUCCAUGGUAUCCAAGAACUUUACCGUCGCUCCACCGAAGGCGAAGGCUGGCCCGGCGACCGUUUGAAACCCGAACCAAAUGGUCAUCCUUUAACGCACGAUUUGCUCACUCGUCUGGGUGCCCUCGACCACAGCAAGGGCGAACACUUCGAAGAAAACCCCGAAACCAUGCAACAAGGUCUAUGGCGACACGGCAUGCAAAGGCAGGAAUCAUCUGAUGGCAGCUCUGAACCACACUCCCCGGUCGCCCGUUCUCGUUUCUCGUCCGAUGCUUUCUCUCAAUCGCAGACUAUGCCUCCUACUCCACCGGCUUAUCACCAAAGUCCCGUCAAUCGAGUCCAGAUCAAGCAAGAGGAUACCGCUAUGUCUGUUACGCCGCAAUAUGCAUUGCCUAUGCAGGGCGGCGUUGUUAACCCACUCGCACUUCAAGGGGGUUCACAGCAAUGGGCGCCUAAUGGAUUUGGUCCAUUCGAUGAUAUGGACAUGAUGACUACGGCGGAUUACUCGAAUAUGUCAUUUGAUGAACAGAUGUCGUCGCCAAUGUUCAACCGACAGAUGAAUUGUGUCUCGUCUACCGAUUAUGAGGAUUUCAACCAGUUCCUCAAUCCGAAUCCAACAGAGAUUACAUCGAUCUAA